AUGCCAAGGCCAUGGUACGCCACCUACGCACCAACGAGCGCAUCCAGACAUCCCGAGACCAAAGCUAAUUGCAUCCUUAGAGGGAUGUCGACGGCAAUCUCCACAGCGCCUGAUUCCACCGCCUCAACGUUCGGAAGCAUGAUUGUUGGGGAUCCUCCCCGUUUACUUUCAGCAUUAGAAGGGGAAAUUACUGUACAGGAGGGUGAGCCCGUCCAUUUGGAUGUUCGUGUCGCCUCCGAUUCGGAUGUCCAAAUCACUUGGCUCAAGGAUGGGAACCCAAUCUUGCCUGGUUCCAGAAUGCAUGAUGCAUUUGACCGCGGCUAUGCCUGCUUGGACAUUGAAUAUACUUACCCCGAGGACACUGGCUUGUAUUCGGUUGUGGUGAGGAAUCGUUCUGGCGAUGUUCAAGCAAAUCCUGUUCGAAUUAGCGUGAUAGCUGAGGAGAAGCAAGAGUACGAGACAGUUGAGAUGCAAAACCAUGCCUAUGAGACAAUGUCCAGCCUCGAUAGAGGCGCCGAGCACGACGCGGUACAAAUGGAGCCACCAAGCUUUAGGCAACCUAUCUCCUGCAACAACCCAGCUGUGGCCGAAGGCGAGCAUUUGCGUUUUAUUGGCGAGGUUGCCCCGGCCAAAGACUCUACCCUCCAGGUUGAGUGGUUCAGGAACGGAGAGCCUAUUGUCAUCGGGAGUCGCUUCAGCAGCAUGUUCGAUCGUGGCAUGGUUGUGCUAGAUAUUGCUUACUGCUACCCUGAGGACAGCGGCUCCUAUGUCUGCGUUGCUUCCAACAAAGCUGGUCGUGUCGAGAGCUCACCCAUUUCCCUCACAUGUGAGGCUGGUGCUCGAAUUGUGACCAACUCCAACCUUACGGAGAGUUCUAUCAAUCACCUGAAGCAGUUGGAUCAUCCUGAAGCCGAGUUUGGCGACCCUCAUGCAAAUCAUUGCCCUUUAAGCUUUGUCGAGCACGUGCCUGACCCCAUCCCUCCGAAGUUCACAGGGCCGAUUGUACCACCGACACUGACUACCGUUGAGACAUUGGACGCCUACUUCGAGGUGCCCGUGGACACUGGCAACGGUACCAAGGUCGACUUUGUUUGGUUGCAAAAUGGCGAACCCGUUCACUUCGGUUCCCGCAUCAACGGCAAGUUGGAGAUGGGUAUGGCUAGUCUGAGCUUCAAGUACGUGCUCCCUUCAGACAUGGGAGAGUACGUGUGCUGUGUUACCACGGAACACGGGAGAGCGGAAACCCAGUCUGCCGAGCUCGUUGUUGAGACCACGAAGAAUCUCAUCACGGAUACUCAGUUAAAGGAACCGAAAGGUUUGCAGGCCGUUCAGGAUCUGGAGGCGAUGCUGAAUGCUCCUCGACCCGACAAUUUCCAAGAAGAUGGACCUGCUGCUGCUCCCACAAUCGUUGUUCAGCCCAAACCCGUGGGCAACUGUGCUGAAGACGAGCCAGUGAGCUUUCGUCUUCAGUACGAGCCCUCUAAUGAUCCCAACCUUGUUGUCCAUUGGUGCAAAGACGGUGAGCCACUGACAAAUGGCACGCGGUUCCAAAUGGAAUACGAGCGUGGUAUUGCGAGUCUGCUGAUUCGCCACACCAUUCCUGAGGACAGUGGGACUUACUCUUGCAAAAUCGCAAACUCAGCAGGCACGACUGAGAGUGACCAUCUGGAUCUGCAAUGCUCUCCCAGCGCCGCCAUCAUCACCCAGAGCAACCUUCUCGAGGGUUCUGAGGGAUUCAAGCUCAUUCAGGCUAUUGAGCAUGGAAAUGACGCUUAUGACAGUUCCAUGAGGUAUGCGGAUGAGGAGCAGACACCCGCCAGUCCAACUAUCGACGUAGAGCCAAAACCAGCGGAGGUUAUUCUUGGUUCACCAGUUCGCUUUUUAGUCCGCAUGAGUGGUUAUCCCACGCCUGAAAUUGAGUGGUUUAUCGAUGGACAAAGUGUCCACCAGGACUCGUUGAUCAAGGUGCUGAGUGAUGGAGGUAUCAGUGUGCUGGAGAUAAACAAGACAGAAAUUAAUCUUGGUCAGCACGAAAUCCGAGUGCGUGGUGCCAACAGCCAGGGCACUGUAGAGGCAAACACGGAGUUAAUAGUGCACCCGGCGGACUAUAAACUGCCUGAUCUGAAACACGUGAUGCCCGAGAAUCCCUUCAGACGACAGGCUCAGUUGAAGCACGUGCAGCGCACUGAAGAGUUGAGCAAGGCCUUUUCCAAAGCCAAACCCAAGCCCGAGCAGAUCAUCCACAUGGAACAGAGCUCGGAGUUACGCGCUAAGACCUUCCGCUCUCCUGAGGUAGUCGCUGCUGAGGAACUCCUCAGCAAGGUCACCACUGGUCUGAGAAAGUCUAACAGGAUGAACUAA